AUGCCCAUUCCGCAUCCUCCCCUGCUCUGGAACCCGGGCCAGCCUCGCCUUCUUCUCCAUAACCUGGGCCUGGACCAGAACCCGGACUGGAAUUGGAGUGGAGAUCUCCUAGUGAGCACUACUGCCUGCACCGUGGACGGAGGCCACACAGCACAGCACAGCGGACGAGACCGGUCCCAGACCAGACCAGACCAGACCACAGACCAGAUCAGAUGGACGAAGAAUGUCUGA